UCGUACAGUUGCUAACUCAUCGGGGAAAGGAAAGAGGAAAAAGGCAUAGAGAUGGAGAAAACAGAAUGGAGAAGAAAGCGGGUGGUUUUGGUCCCAUACCCUUUCCAGGGACACAUAACUCCUCUUCUUCAACUGGGCUCCGUCCUCCGUUCCCAUGGCUUCUCCAUCACAGUCCUCCAAACAAACUUCAACUCUCUGGAUCCUUCAGAUCACCCCUACUUCACCUUCUUGACGUUGCCCGACGGCUUAGAGGGCUACGAUUUCUAUUUUAACAACAUUCUGAUGAUGACAUCAGUAAUGAACGCAAACUGCAAGGCCCCAUUCGAAGAACACAUGUCUCGGAUGCUGGAAGAGGAAGAUGGUGGAGAGGUAGCGUGCAUAAUCUAUGAUUCCUUGAUGAAGUUUGUGGAUAUAGUGGCCCCUAAGCUCAAGGUUCCGACUAUUGUGUUCAGAGUAAAUCCUGCUGCUUUUACGCACUCCUUGGUAAUCUUGUCCGAGUUUCUGCAACAAAAGUUGAUUCCUUUGCCAGAGUCAUCUGAUCUGGAUGUUAUGGUGCCGGAGGCGUAUCCUCUCAGAUAUAAGGAUUUUCUGCUGCCGGUAACUCAAGAAAUCCCGGAGCCUGUGGUAGAGUUUAUCCAGACCUACACGAAUGUGCAGUCGAAUGCAGCAGUCAUCUGGAACUCAGUGGAGUCACUCGACCAUUGGCCAUUGCAGCAGCUGCUGCAGCGUUGGUCGAUUCCCUCCUUUCCUGUUGGCCCUUUACACAAAAGCGCAAAACUGUUGCAGACCAGCUUGAUCGAAGAGGACAACGCCUGCUUGUCAUGGCUGGACAGGCAAUCUCCCAAUUCUGUUCUGUUUGUGAGCUUAGGCAGCUUAUCAGUAAUGGAUGAAGAAGAGCUGAUCAAUAUGGCUUGGGGGAUCGCCAAAAGCGAGCAGCCAUUCUUGUGGGUGCUACAUCCAAAUUUGUUAAAUGGAUCCGAUCCGAUCAAGACCCUGCCUCAAGAAUUCAAGGAAAUGACGCGCAAAAGAGGCUACAUGGUUAAGUGGGCGCCACAGAAGAAGGUUCUAGAGCACAGUGCCAUUGGAGGCUUCCUCACGCACUGCGGCUGGAAUUCGAUAUUGGAAGUUCUCUGCGAAGGGGUCCCGUUGAUAUGCAGGCCUAGCUUCGGAGACCACAUGGUGAUCUCAAGGUACAUAACGCAAGAAUGGAAGGUUGGCAUCGAGGUGGAGGUCAAGACUGAGGAUGGUUAUGAGAGAGCUGUUAGGACAUUAAUGGCGAGUGAGGAAGGGAAAAUGAUGAAACAGAGAGCGGUCAAGCUGAAGCAGGAAAUAGAGCAGUCCAUCAAUGGAGGAACCUCCCAUGAAUCCAUUGCCUGUCUUGUGGAAUUCAUUAUUUCCCUAACUGUAGGAAGAAAAUAACAAUCAUGUCUCCAUCCUGCAGCUUGAAGAGUAAGAGAUCAUAUGUGAUACAUUUGACUACAAGAAAUUCAUGCAAUGUAUUUGUUUCGAUCGUCUUAAGUUUGAUCUUGUUUUGAUUUCUUAAUGUAUUGUGUUGUUUCAGAUU